CCGCGAGAACACGCCUCAAGACAUUUGGGGUGACAAUUGAAACAAGUGUAAACAAACGUCUGUCAAGACUGUCAAAUAUAAGUCAAAACACGUCAAAAUAAUCAGCUUGUAGAGUUCCACAUUCCACUAGUGCGUUUCCAAAUCGUUUUUGAGAAGAUAAAUCAAAAUCAAUAAUCAAUUAUUUAUUUUCCACACAUUUUUCGGAAUUUAUUUCGUAGGUGUGUGUGUCCUUUGCUCGUUAUUUAAAUUUUCUCACCUAAACAAGUUAUGGGUUCUAGCAGUAAGUCGAAAUACAAGGAAAAAGAAUCGACACCUUCGCGUUCCUCCAAAAGGCGUCACGGUAGUCCGGGGGCCGACGAUUACGAUGCACAUCGCGAAAAAAGGCAUAGACAUCAUAAACAUCGCCACAACAAAGAUAGGAAAUUGGAAAGGCCCAGCGAAAGAUCCAGACAGGUAUAUGAAGAUAAUGAUGUGGAGGUUAUUUCUGUGGAAAACCCCUCAAACCAGAAAAUUAAUGCGGCAGAAUCGUCAGGACAAGGAGCAGACAGCCUUUCAAUUGCAGAAACCAACAGAUUGAGAGCAAAAAUUGGCCUGAAACCAUUAGAAGUUGGUGGUUCAGAUGCCAGCACGUCUGGGAAAAAAGACGAUGGAAAAAAGAAAGAUGACCUAGGUGAGUUUUAUCACAAACCAGCGGAAAAUUGGGCUGACAAGGCUCAGCGAGACAAAAUCAGAAAUAGACUUGCUGAGCAUAAGGAAAAGAGGCAAUUGCAUAGUAAACUUGCAAAAGUUAAAACUCUUGGAGAAAGCGACAGUGAUGAUGAUGUUUCAAAUUGGGUGGACAGAAAUAGAAAUAGUGAAAAAGCUAAAAUGGAAGCUGAUAAAAGAGCUAAAAUGUUGGAAGAACUUGAUGCUCAAUUUGGCAUUGGAGAAGUCAUCGAACAAGAACAAAAACAAAGGAGAAAUCAACAAUAUACAUACAAAGAUUUAAGAGGACUAAGAGUAGAUCAUGAUGUUGAUACUUUUGCUGAAGAAAAGCAGGUCAUAUUGACUCUAAAAGAUACAGGUGUACUAGAUGAUGAGGAUGAUGUUUUGGUCAAUGUAAAUAUGAUUGAUAAUGAAAAGUAUAAAAAAAAUGUAGAAAACAAAAAAAAGAAAGUGCUGUACAAUGCCUAUGAAGACCAAGAAUAUGAUGAAUAUGGAAUCCCAAAAGAAAAAUCCCUAUUGGCACAAUAUGAUGAAGAAAUUGAUGGAGAAAAGCGUGAAAGUUUUCGAAUUGGUAUUGAUAAUGCGGCCUUGAGAAGAAAAGCUGCUGUUGUUCAGUCUGUCAAAGAAAAAUUGGCUAAAAAGAAAUUGGAAAGCAUUGCAGAAAAACAACUGACUUUGGCGUCUGAAUACUAUAACGAAGAGGAACUGGCCAAAUUCAAAAAACCCAAAAAGAAAACUAGAAGAAUUCGCGCUAAAGGAAAACUUACUGCUGAGAAUUUACUUCCAGCACGAAAAGUUGAGGAAAUUGGUUCUAGGAGAAAUAAAUUUAAGGUUGACGGUGAUGAACCUGAUAUUUCUAUUGAUGAUGUUCCUGAUGUUGAAAUGCCAACUAGUAUCAAAUUUGAGGAAGAUGACAAGGAUGAUUUAUUAGAAAAAGCUUUGCAUAAAUCAAGAAAAGUGAAACAAAGAGAAAAUAUAAUUGCCAAUAUUAUCAAGGCAGAGGUGAAAGAAGAACAAUCAUCCGAAGAAAAUGUGGAUGGAAACAUUAUUUUGAAUUCAACUGCUGAAUUUUGUAGAACUCUUGGUGAUAUUCCAACCUAUGGCAGAGCUGGAAAUCGUGAUGAAGACGAAGACUUGAUUGAUUUUGACAAGGAAGCUUUUAAUGAUGAAAAAAGCGAUGAUGAUGAUUGCGAAAUUGUAGAACUUUCAGGAUGGAAUUCAGUAGAUCCUAGAAAUGAGGGUUUAGAUUUAGCAAGAUUAGCUCCACAAGAAGUUCAAAUUUUGGAUGAGGAACCAGAUGUAAGUACUGGAAUGGGUGCAGCUCUAAAAUUAGCCAUGAGCAAAGGUUAUCUGGAUAAGGAGGACAAUAAUCGUCCAAGUAAUUCUCGAUUUGCCCAUUUGCAAGCCCAACACUAUUCCAUUGAGGACAAGAGUUAUGGAGAGGAAGGAAAUGAAAGGCCUGGUGGAAGAGGCAGAGAAAGAUAUUCAGGUCCUAUCCAAGAUUUCAAAGAAAAGGAUAGUUUCAAGCCAAAUGUUAAAUUAGAAUAUAUUGAUGAUGAUGGGCAUAUUUUGAAUUCAAAGGAAGCUUUCAGGUAUCUCUCACAUAAAUUCCAUGGGAAAGGACCUGGCAAGAAUAAAGUUGAGAAACGUAUUAAAAAGAGUGUUCAAGAACAGUUGAUGAAGAAAAUGAGUUCCACAGACACUCCAUUGGGAACUCUCAAUAUGCUGCAAGCAAAACAGAAAGAAACUCAAUCACCAUUUGUUGUAUUGUCUGGUAGUAAGCAGCAACAGCAAACAGCGAUUUCCAAAAGUAGACGUUAGGAGGCUUAUUGAUUACGAAGUUUCAAUUGGCAGAUUUGUGUAUGGAAAUAAUUGGCUAGAGAUAAAUAAUUUUAUAAUUAAUUGGAAUUUGAAUAAAUUGAAUCAAUAUCUUUCCUAUAUAAA